ACCUCUUCCUUUGUAGACAAGUAUAUAUUUUUUAAUGCACUACCAGAAGUGGCAUCAUAAGAUGCCGUUCUUUAGGCUAGGUCUGUUGGUCGACGGUCAAUUUAGUUGAUGCAAGAGGAGCUGGACAUAUUAACCUUCUCAGUGGCUAACUGUACAAGACAUAUCUAGUUUUGGAGAAUAGCAAGUCUGGAUCAGAUUGGCAUGGUUUCACUUUCCUUCUGUUCCUGCUGUAUCCCAUCAUAUUUUAUUCUCUUUUCGUGAGGAAGAGGACUGGGAAUGCGGCUUGAUUGGUGGUGGACCUGGUGGUAUAUCAACAACAGAGAGCUGUCCACCUGAAUUAACAAAUGAUGAAGCCAUGAAUUCAAUGGAAGAGAGCGGGAAACAAGAUAUAAUACUCUACUUUUCCACUGGAAAAUCCUGGCCAGCGUAACAGUAAAUUUUAUUGACUAAUAAACAACGAAUUAGCCCAGCAUGGCCCAAAUAUUACCCAUUCUUACUUUCUUUGCCUGGCGUUUUAUGUAUCCACAGCAUUGAUUUUGGCGCAAGUUAAAGCCUCGUGGCACCAGGCUGAUAUGACUUAAUUCAGCUUCGAGUCCAUAUAUGAUAGUUGAAUCGAUCAAAUUCGGUUGAACUCAAGUUGAUCAUUAUCAAGACUUGUAGUACCAUAUGUAGAUAAUUCAUAUGGUACGAGGACAAAAGUAUGUGGACCCUCACUUUGGUUUAUUUAUGUCUCUUGCGGCACACGUAUUGUCUCGAGAAUGUGGAAGAGACAAGAAUGAACUACAUGGGAUCAUUUCAUUCGACGUCUUAGAGGUAACAAUGAUGGACGAAGACUUGGUUUAUUCUUAUGUUCUAUUUAAUCCUUGCCGUUAAAUUGACACAUGGCCUGAUGAAUUUAUUAGUACUAUGAUAAAUGGAAACAUAGUUCUUCGAAAUUGAGCUCUUGAAGGUUUUCAUCUUCGUUGAUCGAGAUGAGCAAGGCAGUGGCCAAUAAACCUCAUGCAGUGUGCAUCCCAUAUCCAGAGCAAGGGCACACGUUGCCUCUUCUGCAAUUAGCCAAGCUUCUCCAUUCAACUGGUUUGCAUAUAACCUUUGUCAUCACCGAGUUCUAUCACGACCACAUAAGACAGUCCCAUGGACCUAAUGUCGUGAAAGACUUGUACGAUUUUCAGUUUCGGACCAUACCAGACGGGUUGCCUCCAUCUGAACGCAAAGCCUCCCCAGAUGUUCCGACGCUCUGUGAUUCAACAAGGAGAAAUUUUUUGAGCCCAUUUAAAGAGUUGGUGGCUGGGCUGAAUUCUUCGGUGGAGGUGCCUUCUGUAACCUGUAUAAUUGCUGAUGGGGUCUUGAGCUUUGCUAUAAAGGCUGCCGAGGAGCUGGGCAUUCCAGAGAUUCAGUUUUGGACUGCUUCUGCUUGUAGUUUUAUGGGGUAUUUGCAUUUUGAUGAGCUUAUUCGAAGAGAAAUCCUGCCGUUCAAAGAUGAAACAUUCUUGUGUGAUGGUAUACUUGACACCUCUGUCGAUUGGAUCCCGGGAAUGAGAAACAUCCGCCUUAGAGACCUCCCAAGCUUUAUCAGAACUACAAACAUAGAUGACACAAUGUUUGAUUUCAUGGGAUCGGAAGCCCGAAAUUGCAUGAGAUCUUCUGGUAUUAUCUUCAACACAUUCGACGAACUUGAACAUGAUGUGUUAGAAGCAAUUUCAGCAAAGUUUCCCCAAAUAUACGCAAUUGGUCCAUUAUCCAUAACAAGCAGAGAAGCAAGUGAAACCCAUUUGAAGCCAUUAAGGUUGAGUGUGUGGAAGGAAGACCAACAAUGUCUCCCGUGGCUCGAUACACAGGCACCCGAAUCUGUUGUAUAUGUAAGCUUUGGCUGCCUAACCACGAUGACUGACCAAAAGUUAAGAGAAUUUGCAUGGGGAUUGGCAGAGAGUAAGCAACCAUUUAUGUGGGUACUGAGGCCUGACAUUGUAUUGGGUGAAUCGGCUAUAUUACCCGAAGAUUUCUUAGAAGAGACAAAGAACAGGGGAUUUCUAACGAGUUGGUGUCCGCAAGAACAAGUUCUAGCACACCCAUCAGUUGGAGCUUUUUUGACUCACUGUGGUUGGAAUUCUACGUUGGAAGGCAUAUGUGGGGGUGUUCCAUUGAUUUGCUGGCCAUUCUUCGCAGAUCAGCAACCAAAUACUCGAUAUGCUUGCGUCAAUUGGGGGAUUGGCAUGGAGUUGGAUGAUGACGUAAAACGAACCGACAUUGUAGCAAUUCUGAAGGAGAUUAUGGAAGAAGACAAAGGCAAGGAAUUGCGGCAAAAUGCUGUGGUGUGGAAAAAAAGAGCACAUAAAGCAACGGGUGUUGGUGGUUCAUCCUAUAGUAAUUUCAAUAGGUUGAUUAAGGAACACUUUCAUGCUAGUUUGUCAGAUUUAAUUAAUUAAUCGUUUAGAGUAAAAUAAUGCAGAGCUUAGUUUCUACCUUUUAUCUGCGGUUGGAUUAAUAUCCAGGUUUUCGGCUAAAUGGGAAAUGUUCGUUUCAUUGCACUAUUUAUACA